UGAACCCGUGAGAUCUUUGAUCUCGAGUGUGGACAGUCUUCUAAAACUUGAUCGCCUUUAACCCUCGCGAUAGUAAUCGCGCGCGUCAAUGUCACCCUCGCGGCUGAACAGCUACGGUUUCGCGUGCAGUAGUGCAUGGUGCACGAAAGUGUGGUUAGGUUGUUCCUGAAAGUAUCACAGGAGCCGGGGCGAAGUGAAGGGAGCUGUGCGUAGCGAGAAAUUCCAUUGGCCCGUGGAGUUUGGCGAGUUGGACUCGUCGACAAGCAUGAUUUUCACCGGGAGGUCGGUGGACGCGCUCGACGAGGUCCACGGCGGCAACGUGCAGGCGGAUAACCGUCGGGACGUGAGCGCGGUCGCCAUAGCCGCAGGAUGGUUCUCCAGUCUGCGCAGACCCGGCAAAAGGAAUAAGAAGGGCUACCAAAAGCAGGCCAAGAGCGCAUGGGACCUUAGCACAUUAUCCACGACCCAACUGAAAGAUGAGCUGGGCGAGGUGGUGGCCGAGAUGGAGGCGAUGGAGGGUGGCGGUCUCGCGGCCGACGAGACCAAGCCUUCGAACAAGGCGAAGCAGACGUCGAUCGGCCGUAAGAAGUUCAACAUGGACCCUAAGAAGGGCAUCGAGUACCUGAUCGAGCACAAUCUGCUCGCACCGACGCCGGAGGACGUCGCGCAGUUCCUCUACAAAGGCGAGGGUCUGAAUAAAACCGCGAUCGGCGACUAUCUCGGCGAGCGACACGAUUUCAACGAGAGGGUACUCCGAGCGUUCGUCGAAUUGCACGACUUCACGGAUCUGAUCCUGGUCCAGGCGCUCAGACAGUUCCUCUGGUCGUUUCGAUUGCCCGGAGAAGCGCAGAAGAUCGACAGGAUGAUGGAGUGCUUCGCUCAGAGGUACUGCCAGCUGAACCCGAACAUUUUCACCAACACCGACACCUGUUACGUGCUCAGCUUCGCUAUCAUCAUGUUGAACACGUCCCUGCACAAUCCGAGCGUCAAGGAUAAGCCGAGCGUCGAGCAGUUCAUAUCCAUGAACCGCGGCAUCAACAAUGGCGGCGACCUGCCUCGCGAACUACUCGUGAGUUUAUACGAAAGUAUAAAGACAGAGCCGUUCAAGAUACCGGAGGACGACGGGAACGAUCUGAUGCACACGUUCUUCAACCCGGACAAGGAGGGCUGGCUCUGGAAGCAAGGCGGACGUUACAAGAGCUGGAAGAGACGGUGGUUCAUAUUGAACGACAACUGUCUCUAUUACUUCGAGUACACGACCGACAAGGAGCCACGGGGCAUCAUUCCGCUGGAAAACAUUCAGGUCAGAGAGGUGCAGGAUCGACACAAGCCGCAUUGCUUCGAGCUGUACGCCGCCGGCUCCGAGUUCAUCAAGGCUUGCAAGACGGACAGCGAGGGAAAAGUUGUCGAAGGCAAACACACCGUGUACAGAAUGUCUGCGGCCACGGACGAAGAGAAAGAAGAAUGGAUCAAAUGCGUGCGACAAAGUAUAUCGCACAAUCCCUUCUACGACAUGCUGGCAGCCAGGAAGAAGAAAGCGCAAAAGACCAAUGUACAUUCGAAGAGUUAAACUUCACCGCGGACAUGGCUCUUUGAGAGGAGCCUGGCGAGACACAAGACUGUCUAUUCACGAGCCUGCGUCCCUACCAGGAUCGUGAAAGUACAAUCAAACGAAAUCCGGACGGAGGUCCAUCCAAGUGCACUGGAAGGAUUUUAGCAGGGAUAAGACAAGUGUUCACUUUACCUGCCGAUGGAUCGUUGUCGAUAUGUGGCAUCGUUGAUUCACCGUGGGACAAGAAGAAACGAAAAGGAAAACGGUGCCAUUUGGCUGAGAAACGUUCGGCAUUAAGUUUUCUAUAAGAAUUACAUUGCGCUUUAGGGGCCUAGAUACGUAUUAUUUAAACGAAUUCGAUGAUAGACUCGAAGCGUUUCCCUGG